AUGUCUCCCGAAGAAAAAGCAGAUGCCACAGGCAGGUAUUUCCUGCCUCGCAACGUGGAAGAAGCAGAGCGCAUGCAAAACCAGCAUGAAUGGCUCAAAGGCGGUGCCAAUGGGCUUGUGCUAGCGCCAAUUGACUUGAAGCGUCGUGGCAUGCGUGUUCUCGAUGCCGCUACAGCUGAUGGUUACUGGAUGCAAGAUGUGAAAGAAGUCUUUCCAGAAGAUACCGAAUUUCUUGGCUUCGACAAUGCACCGGAGGGCUACCCACCUCUCAGCACAGCCCCUCCCCUCAAAAUCGUUCAGCAAAGCCUAAUCGAAGAUUUCCCUAAUGACUGGAGCAAUGCUUUCGACUUCGUCCACCAAAGAUUCGUCAUCCCAUUGUUCAAAGCCGAAGAGGUCCCACUAGUACUCUCCAACUUGACCGGAUGUGUGAAGCCAGGCGGCUGGAUCCAGCUUGUUGAAAUGGAUUUCCAGACCCCAGUAUCCGAGCCGCUUGAGUCGUGCAAGGCUGUUCAGACAGUUCACAAGUUGACCAGCGGUGUGGUCUCGGAUCCUCUAGCUGCAACAAAGCUGGCCGGAAGAUUGUCUGAGAAUGGCUUUGUUAAUGUUGGAUAUAAGGCUGUUAAUAUGGUUGCUGGGUCAGCAAAUCCUGACCGGGAAAUGGGUGAGCGUGGUGCUCGUAACAUGUUGUCGGUUCUUGGGUUCUUCCAGUCUGUUGCUAAGCCUGAAAUGAUUGGCCUGACAGAAGAAGAGUGGACGGAGCUGCCUAAGCGUUUUGCCGAGGAGAUGGAGAAGUAUAAGGUUGCUUUGAGGGUUUACUUUGUUUGGGGCCAGAAGCCCGAGAGCGCGCAGUAG